AUGCCGUCGCUUCCAUUACACAAAAGGGAUGUUCUACUCUCCAACUCCACCCAUGCUGAUCUUGCUUCCAUUCCUGCCAUUGGUACUUUGGGAAAGCUGCUACUAGGCGCACAGUUGGACUUGCGCACUGAUUCUCCUGUUGCUGCAAACACUCGUUUAGGCUACAAUCUGGCUAUUAUUGCCAUGCAACAGGAACUACCUGAAAUCGACCCUCCGUCGUUUGAAGUGGUUGACCAGACUCUAACCAAUGCUGCAAUCAUGAUAUCCAUCAUUCCAACCAUCUCCAUGAGUUCUAUCCAGCUGUCUCAGUUGGAAAGCAUUGCUGCUCGCUGUGCGUCCUUUAAUGCUCGUGGGCGUCAAGUGUUCCUUCGGUUUGCUCCCGACUUCAAUGCUGGAUGGAUGAUCUAUGGCCAGCAACCUACUGCCUUUAUCUCUGUCUGGAAUAAGCUGUUUAGUCUGCUAAAGUCUAACAGUGCUUUCAACACUUUGAUGGUCUGGUCUCCCUUUGAAGGCUCGGGAUACCCUUUUGCUGGGUUCAAGUAUAGCGCUCUUCCAAAGACUCUCGACUUUUCUAAACUCGAUACAAACAGCGAUGGGGCUCUCACUCCGUCAGACGAUCCAUAUGGCCCGUACUGGCCUGGAGGAAACUCGGUUGACUGGGUUGGUCUAUCCAUCUUUUACAAAGGUGCAAACUAUCCACAGAUUCACAACGAUAUUCCACCUCCCAACAGACUCCAUGACAUGUUCACUGGUGAGCUGGUUCCUGGACAAGUCAAUUUCUAUCAAGUCUAUGCUGAAAAAUUGGCCAAGCCAAUGAUGAUCAGUGCAACAGCUACUGUUUAUCACGUCACUGCCAACUCUUUAACCCCUCCGCCUGGUGGUGCUAACGAGGUGGAUAUCAAGUCUGCUUGGUGGAAGCAAUGCACUACCAACACAACCUUUCUCAAUCAGUAUCCCAAACUACGUGCCAUUGUCCUUGAAGAACGUGUUUGGAAUGGACAUAAUGCCGAGUCCGUUUGGAAAUUCGAUUGGAGAGUCUUGAAUAAUACCUUGUCGGCUUUCAAGAGUGACAUGCAUAGUGUUGAAUCCUCAUACGAAUUCGCUACGCCUUUGUCUGCAUACGUCAAGACAUGGCAAGGCGUGUCUGGUGUGCCUGCUAAUCGUCCACCGUCUAAUGCCGUGCCCAUUGUGCCUUGGGAUCCAAAAGCAAAUGCAGAAUCUGGCAACUCAACCUCACCUGCCAUCAACUUUGUUCAAUUAGGACUUGUUCCUUUAUUUUGCUUGGCAUUUAUAAGCAUCUUAAUUUGGUGCGCAAUCGAAUAUUUCUCCGUACGACGUCGUGCACUCAAUCCAUCAACUUCUGAAGAAAGUCUUCCGGAAAAUGCCUUGGCAUUUGCCAAUAACGAAUCGGGUGGUGAAAUAAGCUCCGUAAAAGAAGCUUUCGACUUUGACAACGUGGAUGAUCUAGACACUAUUGUAGAUGGAAGACCGGGUGGGCCCCAGUCUGAUCCAUUUGAUGACAAUAGAUCGUACAUUUCAUCUUCGAGUUUCAAUCAGAUGCGUGUAUGA